AGUAAUGUUUAUACGAAGUGAACAUCGGGCUUGCGUGAGAAGGAGACAUUGAGAGUAGGGAUCUUAAUUUUGAAAUUUCAAAGCUGCCCAUGUUUGGUCGCUCGCCCCACUGCGGGUGAUGGGCGAAUCCUAGCCCCUUCUCCUCUAGCCCCCUUCCACAUCCUCCCCUCCUGCCGCCGUCGAGGCCUUGCCCGCGUGGUGUGGGCGGGGGCGGGCAGCUCUUUCCCCGGGCACACGGCAUGGGCCCGGGGGAUCCUUCUGGUGGUAGUGUGGCUUGGUCGGCGGCGGUCUGGGUCGGGGGAGGUGGUUCCCCUGUCCUUAGGUGCCUUAGGCAUGGCGGCGCGACCGUUGGUUGCGAGGUGGCGUGGAGGUGUUGUAGCUCGACCGAUGGCGCCUGCUAGGCCCAGAUCUAGGCCCUUUGGGCCCCAUCUGGGUUCAGGCGGGCCGCUGGCUCUCUGCACGGCGGCAAGGCUCCUUGGAGGUGGAAGUGGGGCGGCAGUGGUCUCUGGGCGGCGGCGACGUUGGCAGCUGACAUGCUGCAGCAUGGGGAAGGGGACUUCACGAGCCCAUCUGGGCCUGGGCGGCCAGUAGGGGCUCCGUUUGUCCUAGUUGCAGCGUCCGGUCGGUUUUCGCAUCGACAGUGGAGGUAGUCCCCUCCCACUUGGCAGCGUUGCUACUGCCUCAGGUCCGUUGUUCCCUCUUCCUUCCUCUAGGCCCCGUAUUGAUGGCCUCAGUUUGGCGACGAGGUUGAUUCAUGGCCGUGGUGGCGCAUGUUGGUGGACGGCAUGAUUAGUGGAGCACUCGGAUCGGUCGGGGUGGUGAGGAUUUUUGGGUCGGGAGAAAUCCAUGUCGGCUCAUGCGGCACCGAGGUGGUGUCGCAUGUGAGCGCUGUCGUUCCUUCUUGAAGGGCUUCAGGUAUACCCCCUCCCCACUGCCCUCCAUGUACCAGGGGAAACCCUAGGACUCGUCUAGGCAGCAACGUCGUUGUCACCUUCCUUCUUGAAGGUGUUGCUUGGUAUGUGGUGCUUCGGUGUGCUUGGCGCACGGUGGGACAUCUCCAGAGGGCGCAACGGUUGCCGAUCUUCUUCAUUUCGUCAAGCUGCCGGUGUUGGCAUUUGUUUCUCUUUCUUUCUCUCAUUUCAACAAGCAUGUUUCGAAAUUGUUGAAGUAAUCAGCGCCAGAUAAUCAUGAAUAUGUUAUAGUGAAGUCUGGAAAGUAUGUUAAUGUAUAUUUUAGAAAGUAAUUAAAGUCUACUUAAUUACAUCUCGGUCUAGGAAACUCAUAUGGAUGAAUUCAAGUAUUCUUAAAGUGAAGUUACAUCUGACUAAUGUGGGCAUAAAAAUCUAAAUGUACUUUGACUUGUAGAGUUCUGCAUGACGGGUCCUUUUAUGUACGGUUUUAACUGCUACUUUCAGUUAACCUUCAGUUCUACAUAGGGGAAUAACAUUCCUUUUUGAUGAUAGCAGAUUACCAUGGACGGAGACAACAGUGGUGUGCACAAUGAAUUUGACCUCUUCAUGACAAGCACACACAACCACCUACUCCAGCACAACCAUAGUGAUGAGAUGGAUGACUUGCUUGGAGCCUCUACUAUCGUGGGCAACACUGAUGAUGCCAACGUUGUUGUUGCAGACCACGACAACAACGAUGGAGAGACCCAUAGUGAGCAGAGAAUGGCCACAAGGCGUGCAAAGUAUCAUCGUCUGCGCAGUGAACAAAUCCAACAACUUGAAGCUGUGUUCCGGGAUUGCCCUUAUCCAAAUGAGAAACUCCGGAAGGACCUUAGCGAGAGGCUUGGCAUGAGUGCCCAACAGGUCAAGUUUUGGUUCCAAAAUAAACGCACCUUCAACAAGGGCAAGAUGCAGCGGUGGGAGACCCAAAAUUGUUGGGUAGAAAACGAGAAGCUGAAAACUGAACGUCAAGCCAUCAUGUUGGCUAUGCAAAACAAGACUUGCCUCAAAUGCAGAGGGGUGAUGGUACAAACACAGCAUACUUUGGAGUUCCAAUGCCUAUACACCGAGAAUAUGAGGCUCAAGGAAGAACUCCUACAUGCCACUGCCUAUCUUAAAGAGGGUCUUCGCCGAAAUGGCAUGUCGCUCCCAUCGGCCCGCGACUGACCAUACCGUCUUCGGUCUUAGCCAACAUUCAUUCCGCCGCAUGAACUAUAGUUUUACUUGGUUCCUCAUCUAGCAAAUAAUGGGCCAUGUUGCGUGUGUAUGUACAUGACUUGGUCGCUUGUUUAUUUAUUUCCAUAGGCUCUCAUGGUUGCUACGUGUUAUGGAACGAGAUAUGGCAAUCAUGGCAGCAAUGUAGGAGCAGUAGGAUGAGCGGCUUUGGGAUGGCAUUGCCGUGAAGCUCGGUCCAACGCCCGUCUUUGUCUCUUUGAGUUUGUAACAGAACAUAUCAAGCAGAUGCCAAUAAAUAGAGAAAGACAAACAUAAAAGUUGCAAGGUGAA